AUGACCGACUUCCUCCCCACACCACCCACCCCCUCAACCCCCGGCUCCUCACCACCCAAAGGCGUCCCCAUCGCCCCACCCCCCUGGACCCUGGGUUCAAAAAGUUGGACAUUCCUCUACACCGACAUCGACAAACCCGACUCGCCCGCUCAAAACCCAAACAACCGGGCCGAGAUCCUACAAGACAUCCUUCCCCCAGGCGCCUACCACCCCUUCGAAACAAUCCACCCAGAGGCACUUCAAAAACUACCCAGCGGGAAAUCGCAGUUCCGCGAGGGAUGGCUCAAAGGUAUCAUGAUUGUGCGCUACGAGGAAACGGAUGUCGGACCGUACGACGAGUUGAUUCUCAUCCCGGGUCGUGCGGUCAAUCCGCAUAGUGGCAAGGCCGACCUGCGGAUUAGUACAAUCUAUGUUUCGACGGAUGCGAGUGUGUGGAAUGGGAGGAGGAAUUGGAACAUCCCCAAGCACCGCGCCGUCUUCGACUUCAAACCCGUCGGCAAAUCCGACCUCGAGCUCCGCGUCUACCACCCCUCGGACACCCCCGCCCCAUUCAACCCCAAGGUCCCCUUCUUCAGUGCUUUACUAAAGGGCUCCUCGCUCCCGCGUGUCCCCAUUCCCCGAAUGGCCCCCCUCUCACUCGUGCAACCACCACUAUCGAGAUCGCGCUGGCCUGCGAGCAUCCAAGACGCCGUAAUCGCAACGGACGACCCAGAGAACGGGCGCGAGAACCCGUGGCUGGCUAUCAAGCCGGGGUUCAAGGGGAAAUGGGGGCUUGCGUAUGCGAAGAAGUUGGAGGAUGGGGAUGAGACGCUGGAGUAUCAUGGGGAUGGGGUUGGGUUUCCGAGGGUGAAGCUAUGGUCUGUGGGUUCGGUUUUCGAGGGGGUUACGGAGUUUGGGGUUUCGAAGGUUGUCAGUUAG